UUGGUGUUCAAUUCGUACACGAAGGGUGCAUGGGGUAAAGAGGAACGGCAGAAGAAUCCGGUAAAGAAGGGCGAUGGAUUCGACAUUCGAAUUCGAGCACACGACAACAAAUUCACCGUCUCCAUCAAUCGUAGAGAAGUGAAGUCAUUCGAGCAUCGCAUUCCGCUACAGCACGUCACUCACUUGAGCAUCGAUGGAGAUGUAGUUCUGAAUCACGUGCAGUGGGGUGGCAAGUACUAUCCAGUUCCUUAUGAAUCAGGAAUCGCCGAGAAUGGCUUCAUACCAGGCAAAACGUUGGUGAUCUACGGAACGCCCGAGAAAAAGGGCAAGAAGUUCAACGUUAAUCUUCUGAAGAAGAAUGGUGACAUUGCGCUGCACUUCAACCCUCGCUUCGAUGAAAAGUGCGUGAUCAGGAACUCGUUCAUCAACGGUGAAUGGGGCAAUGAGGAACGUGAAGGAAAGAAUCCUUUCGAAAAAGGUGUCGGUUUCGAUUUGGAGAUCAAGAAUGAAGAAUAUGCAUAUCAGGUGAGCUGA